GCCUUACCUGCCUGUACCUGCAACCUGUUGAGCUGCACAGCAAAUCGCCCCUGAGUUUACCCCACCCCGUUUUAACAACACGCACAACAGGGGAAGAGUCUGUGGCGGAAUUCUUCUAAAGCCAGACUCCUGACACUCAGUUGCAUGGAUAUUUCAUGAACUCCGGGUCUUCGCUUUUCACCUCUGGAGUAUCUGAGCGGGACGCUUUGGCUUCUUAAUAGGACGGGAGGAGCUCUUCCCUACUUUUUUGUUUGUUUCAGGAAGUGUCUGACCAAAUAACUUCACAAUGGGCAGUAAGGACCGCUAUCACUGGCAGACACAGAACGUGAAGGUGAGCGGCGUGGAUGACAUGGUCCUGCUGUCCAAGAUCAACGACGACGCCAUCGUGGACAACCUCAAGAAACGCUACAUGGACGACUACAUCUUCACCUACAUCGGGCCCGUUCUCAUCUCUGUCAAUCCUUUCAAACAGCUGCCCUACUUCACAGACAAGGAGAUCGAGCUGUACCAGGGAGCUGCCCAGUAUGAGAAUCCCCCUCAUGUCUAUGCCCUGGCUGAUAACAUGUACCGCAACAUGCUGAUUGAUGCAGAGAACCAGUGUGUCAUCAUCAGUGGGGAGAGCGGCGCAGGGAAGACAGUCGCUGCCAAAUACAUCAUGACCUACGUCUCCAAAGUGUCCGGAGGAGGACCCAAAGUGCAGCACGUUAAAGACAUCAUCCUCCAGUCCAACCCUCUGCUGGAAGCUUUCGGCAACGCCAAGACUGUGCGCAACAACAACUCCAGCAGAUUCGGGAAGUACUUUGAGAUCCAGUUCAGUCGAGGAGGGGAGCCCGAUGGUGGCAAGAUCUCCAAUUUCCUCCUGGAGAAAUCCCGAGUGGUGAGCCAGAACCUUGGAGAGAGAAGCUUCCACAUCUUCUACCAGCUGCUAGAAGGAGCGUCUCCAGAGCACAGGGAGAACCUGGGCAUCGCCGCCCCAGAUUACUAUUACUACCUCAACCAGUCCGGCACCUACAGAGUGGAGGACAUGAACGACAAGAAGGAGUUCAGCGAAACCAUGAACGCAAUGGCUGUGGUGGGGCUCAGUGCUGAGGAGCAGAGCACCGUGCUGCAGAUUGUCGCUGGGAUCCUGCACCUAGGAAACCUGUCGUUCCAGGAGUCUGGGAACUACGCUGUGGUGGAGAGCGAGGACUGUGAGUGUCUCUGCGUAGCAACACAGCCUCGCUUCAGAGAGUCCUGGGGAUAUCUAGCACUGUCACAUCACACACAGCCUCGCUUCAGAGAGUCCUGGGGAUAUCUAGCACUGCCACUAUCACACACAGCCUCGCUUCAGAGAGUCCUGGGGAUAUCUAGCACUGUCACAUCACACACAGCCUCGCUUCAGAGUGUCCUGGGGAUAUCUAGCACUGUCACAUCACACACAGCCUCGCUUCAGAGUGUCCUGGGGAUAUCUAGCACUGUCACAUCACACACAGCCUCGCUUCAGAGAGUCCUGGGGAUAUCUAGCACUGUCACAUCACACACAGCCUCGCUUCAGAGUGUCCUGGGGAUAUCUAGCACUGUCACACACAGCCUCGCUUCAGAGAGUCCUGGGGAUAUCUAGCACUGUCACAUCACA